UUGCUGAUCAAAAGCUUGUUAGGGAACUUUACCUCACUUUUAACACAAAGCUUGUUAGGGAACUUUACCUCAAUUUUAACACAAAUUUACACUGGAUUGGCACCCUGGAUUUAUUUAAUUUCUUAGUUUUUUUUUUUAAUUCUUGGCAUAAAAAGCUUGUAUAGGUUUUCUUGCUUGUAAGAUGCUGCAUUCUUCCACAUUUCUGACCUGAGAACAAGUGUCCCUGUGACUAGUGACUGAGGAGAUAAACAGAACAAGCUUUACCAAUAUUGUGGAUGGUCCUCAAAGGGGUUUGUAACUUUAUCAGAAAAGACAAUUGAUGGUCACCAUAAACCCUUCCUAAAGAAGCAGGGAAAGAGACAGAUAUGGGAUUGGGAAUGGCAUUUGGGAUUUCUCCCAUCCUAAUACUCCUUGCCCUUGGACUUUCUGGAGAGACAACACACGCACAAAGAGCAGGUUGUAAAAAUGUCCAUUAUGACUUGGUCUUCAUCCUGGACACCUCGUCCAGCGUGGGCAAAGAGAACUUUGAAAAGGUUCGUCAGUGGGUGGCCAACCUAGUGGAAACCUUUGACAUCGGGCCGGAAAAGACCAGAGUCGGUGUGGUUCGCUACAGUGACAGGCCCACCACUGAGUUUGACCUUGGCAGGUACAGGACUGUAGGGGACAUCAAAAGAGCAGCCGGCAACAUUAGAUACAUAGGAGGAAACACCUUCACAGGAGAAGCAAUCAGUUAUUUAACCACUCGAAGCUUCACAGAGGCUGCGGGCGCCAGGUCCAGUGCACUGAGCAUCAAUAAAGUUGCCAUCUUGAUGACAGAUGGCAGGAGUCAGGAUUUUGUUCUGCAGCCAUCUAAGGCAGCGCAUCAGGCUGGGAUAAGGAUGUUUGCAGUUGGCAUUGGAGAAGCACUGAAGGAGGAAUUGGAGGAGAUUGCAUCUGAGCCCAAGUCUGCUCAUGUUUUCUACGUGUCAGACUUCAAUGCCAUUGACAAGAUAAGAGGAAAGCUGAGGAGAAGGCUAUGUGAGAAUGCUCUGUGCCCCAAUAUUCGAGUGGAAGGUGACCGGUUUAAAACUACCAGUGGAAGCAAUACAGAUGAAAUCCCAGGUUUUGACCUAAUGGAGUUUUUCAACGUGAAAGAUCAUUUUGAUAUGAAGGAGGAUGAUGGGCAGAGUUCUUAUGUACGGCUUGGGGCUAUGCCCAUCGUUCAGCGGACUGAAGACGUGUUCCCGCAAGGUCUGCCCGAUGAGUAUGCUUUUGUCACCACAUUUAAGUUCAGAAAAACCUCAAGAAAAGAAGACUGGUAUAUCUGGCAGAUCUUUGACAAGUAUGGGAUCCCACAGGUGUCCAUCCGGUUGGACGGCCCAAACAAGGCAGUGGAAUACAAUGCUGUUGGCGUGACAAAGGACGCAGUGAGAGCCGUCUUCAAGAGCACUGCUGUUAGUGACCUGUUUGAUCGCAACUGGCACAAGAUCGCUGUGAGUGUAGAGGCUAAGGCAGUGUCCCUCUACCUGGACUGCAAACUUGUAGAGACGCUGCCUAUCGAGGAGAGGGAGGACAUUGACAUCCGGGGAAAGACGGUCAUUGGAAAGAGACUGCAUGACAGCGUUCCUAUAGAUUUUGACCUGCAGAGGAUGGUGAUUUACUGUGACUCCAGGCAUGCAGAGCUUGAGACCUGCUGUGACCUCCCCUCUGGUCCAUGCAAAGUCAAGUUUGUGACAGAGACUCCUGCAAUCGAAAUCAUGCCAACAGUAAAUGGAGAGCAGCAACGUGGAAACAUGACAGUCAACUGUUCCUGUCCCACUGGAGAGAAGGGAGAGGUUGGCCCACCUGGUCCAGCCGGCACAAAAGGUGAAAAGGGUGAAAGUGGCAGUAUUGGUGCAACUGGGCCUGCAGGGUUCAAAGGAGAAAAAGGAGAACCGGGCAGAACAACAUCAAUCAGUGGAGUAGAAGGGGAAAAGGGUAAGGAUGGUGAAAAGGGUGAAGCUGGAUCAAGAGGAGAAAAGGGGGUGAAGGGUGCAUUUGGUCCACCAGGCCCUGCUGGUAAAAAAGGAGAUCAAGGUGAAAUGGGGACUCCAGGAGAACCUGGCGAUAUUGGACUGCCUGGACCUUUGGGUCCAAAAGGAUCAGAAGGGCAAGCUGGAUCCCCUGGGAUACCUGGGCUCAGAGGAGAGCCUGGUGAAAGGGGAGUUAAAGGUGAAAGAGGGAUUAGAGGAGAGAAGGGAGAAAAUGGCCUAGAUGGAUUCCCUGGGAAAAUGGGUACCCCUGGAAAAGAUGGAUUCAAAGGAAGCAAUGGAUUACCGGGUGUGAUUGGACCCAAAGGUGAAAAGGGUGAAAUGGGACCUCCUGGAAUUUCAGGAGAUGCGAUUGAAGGCAUGAAGGGAGAAGCAGGACCCCCCGGGCCCCGGGGACCUCCAGGGCUACCUGGACCUGCUGGACCACCAGGUCCUUCAGGUGCAGUUGGACCAGUAGGAGAGCCUGGAUUACAAGGUCAGAGGGGCAAGAAAGGAGAAGAUGGCCUGCCUGGAGUCGAUGGAUUGCCUGGACCCCCUGGUCCCCAAGGACCUUCUGGAAACUCUGGGCCACCUGGAAAAACUGGACCUCCGGGAUUACCAGGUGAAAUCGGAUUUUCUGGGAAACCAGGAGAACCAGGCAAACAUGGUAUACCUGGAAAAGAUGGGUUGGAUGGCCUUCCUGGAAAGGAUGGAGAAAAGGGUCCACAAGGAGAAAGAGGCCUGGAUGGUUUACCUGGAAAGCCUGGUGCUCAGGGUGACAGAGGUUCUGGUGGCCCUGAGGGCCCCCCAGGAUUGAAGGGAGAGGCUGGUCCACCGGGUGUUCCAGGAUUGACCGGGCUGAGAGGAGAGAAAGGAGAGCCAGGUGACCAUGGACGAGUUGGACCCCUGGGUCCAAAAGGUGACCGGGGAGACAAGGGUGAUGUCGGAGUGGCUGGUCCUCCUGGGGCCCCAGGAAAUGUUGCAACCGUGAUUCCACAGCCUGGAACUCCAGGAGAACCUGGGCAGCAAGGAGAUAAAGGAGAUCAAGGACCACCAGGAGAUCCAGGUCCAAGGGGAGCUCCAGGUGAAGAAGGACUGAAGGGGCCACCAGGACCACCGGGUCCAAAAGGGGAGACAGGACUCAGAGGAGAGCCUGGAGUGAAUGGAGACACAGGACCACCUGGCCAAACAGGUCCACAAGGUCUACGUGGUUUACCAGGCAAUGUGGGUGUACCAGGGAAAGAUGGUCAAGCUGGAGUAGAUGGACAAAAAGGGGAAAAGGGAGAGGCUGGUAAGGAAGGCAGGCAAGGCCCAGCUGGACCUCCAGGAGAGCCCGGGCCAGCUGGAAUCCCAGGCUUACCAGGCAAGGGGAAGGACGGGGAGCCGGGAGAGCCUGGAAUACGUGGAUUGCCUGGACCCCAGGGGCCGAAGGGGGAUUCUGGGUCCCCUGGGAUGCGUGGACUUCCUGGAGAUCGAGGUCCGUCUGGGACUGGGUUACCUGGGCAACCGGGAACACCAGGAGCAGCAGGAGAAAAAGGACCCCAGGGCCCAAGAGGUGUACCUGGAGUAGCUGGUCCCCAAGGUCCGCCUGGGCAUAAUGGUUUACCUGGAAGGCCAGGUGACAGAGGAGUUCCUGGGGAGCCGGGUUCAGCAGCUCAGAUCUCUCAAAAGGAACUUGGAGUCCUUCUUAAGGAUGUGUGCACUAAUUGCCCACCUGGACCUCCUGGGAUGCCAGGUCUCCCAGGGUUCAAAGGUGACAAAGGACUGACAGGUCCACCUGGAAAAGAUGGGAAUAAUGGGAACCAGGGGCCCCCUGGGCCUCCUGGUCCUAUAGGUCCACGUGGGAUGGACGGGAUGAAGGGAGGCAGAGGAGACCGAGGGGCUGCAGGUGAAGCUGGAGAAAAAGGCGAGAAGGGAAUCCCAGGAGCACCUGGCUAUCCUGGAGCAGCUGGCUUAGCAGGGCAGCCUGGCUUAGAUGGAAUCCCAGGGGCUGUAGGUCCACCCGGAGCCCCAGGAGAGAAGGGUAAAGAGGGGCUAAGAGGAAUACAGGGUCCGCCAGGACUGCCCGGGCUGAUGGGAAUGACAGGAAAGAAUGGAAAAGAUGGGCAACCAGGGGAGACUGGGGAAGCGGGUAAACAGGGUGAGCCAGGGCUACCAGGCAGAGAUGGAUUCAGAGGUGUUCCUGGUUUUAAGGGACACAGAGGGGAGCCUGGUCCCCCUGGUUCCAGAGGGGAAGCAGGCAUGAUGGGAGCAGUGGGACGAGCAGGGCCUCCAGGGAAAGAUGGUGACCCUGGUCCACCAGGUUCACAUGGUCUCCAAGGGCCAAGAGGGGAGCAGGGUAGAGCUGGACCUCCUGGUGCUCAAGGGAAAGCAGGCAUUGCAGGUGCUCCGGGUCCUAAGGGAGACAAAGGAGAUGCGGGGAGCCCAGGAUUACCAGGCUUUUCAGGACCAAAAGGACCUCCGGGACCACCUGGAGAGUAUGGGCCUCAAGGAAAAGAUGGGCUGCCAGGCAAACAAGGAGAGCAUGGAUCCAAAGGAGAAAGGGGGGAUUCUGGUGUUAAAGGAGACAAAGGGCAGCAUGGAGAUAAAGGGCUGGAUGGGGCUCCUGGAAUGAAGGGUCACAAAGGACACACAGGGAUGAUGGGAAUGACCGGGCCUGCUGGAGAACGUGGCCCCCCUGGGUCUCCAGGUACUCCUGGUCAGCCUGGCUUUCCUGGGCCUCGGGGGGAAUCCGUAGCGAUUGAAGAACUGCGAAGGCUUAUUCAGGAGGAGCUUGCAAAGCAGCUAGAUGUUAAAGUGGCCUACCUCAUGGCUCAGAUGCAGCCAGAACAUGUGAAAUCUUCUCCUGGCCGGCCCGGUCCUCCUGGUCCUGAAGGCAAAGAGGGGCGUCCAGGAAGACCAGGUCCCCCAGGAGAGCCUGGAAGCCCGGGUCUGAACGGGGGUGAGGGUCCCCGAGGACCAAUGGGUCCAAAGGGUGAAAGAGGAGCGAAGGGUGAGAGGGGAGAAACUGGAAUUGGACAAAGAGGAGAAAUCGGUCCCACUGGGGCUGCGGGUAUCCCAGGCACCCCUGGCUAUGGGAAGGAUGGAGUGCCUGGAACAGCAGGGGCCCAGGGAGAGCCAGGAAACCCUGGCCCACCUGGCCCACUCGGACCUCCAGGGCCCACCGGACAGUGUGACCCCUCUCAGUGUGCUUACUAUGCAAGUCUGGCAGCCAGGCCUCCCAAUGUCAAGGGGCAUUAAACCAAUAAACCACAUACAGAAACUGCAAAUGAUAUUGUAAUUUAUAAACUUGGACUUUUAACAAACAAACUGUUUUCAAUACCCAAUUUGGUAUUUACUAGCAACAGUUGCUGCUGGUCAGAAUUGUUUUUUGCUCUGUGUGAUAUUUGGGAUGUAUGUCUUUCUUGUCUGGGAAUUGUUAUUAAUAUAAUGUAACAAUGAUACUGGUGUUGUUGUGUUCAAAGGGCCACAGUGGUUAGACAAAAUGACCCUCGUUGUUGCUGUUGCAUUCGUUGCAUGACUUUAACUAAGGGAAUCACCUCUUAUAGCCUCCUAGUGUUUUGCUAUCUUUGACAUAUACCACUGUUUUCAAUUUUCUUAAGAGUACUGAGAAUUGGUCUAAAACUGUGCAUGUGUGCCAUUAGUUUAAGUUCAGGCAGCUUGGUAUUUGGAAUCUGUGGGGAUUGAGUAUUUGACCAUGGGUAAUGAAAUAAUGUGUCUAGCAGACCUUGGCUUGGCUAAAGUAACACAUCUUACAAUAGCUGCAAAGGCUGCUCUGGUUGUGAGCUCAGCGUGCCAACAACAAAAAAAGAGUCAUUUCUUCUUUAUAUUCAUAUAUAACACAGACAUAUACAAGUGUUUUUCCAAUCUUUGUAAAAUAAGAAGGAAAUGCCCAAUAACCAAUAGAAAAUAUAAUAAAAAGACACACUUUUGACUGUGGUGUUGUGCUGAUGGAGAAUAUUGUAAAAUGCAAACUCUAAAGCUUUCUUGACCAAUUGAAAAUGCUCCACCUGAAAUCGGUAAGUGGUUUUGUGACACAAAGUAAUUAAUCUCAGAAAUGAGAUUCCUGUUUUUUCUUACAUGCUAUUAUCAGUUGUUUUGUUAUAAGUUGGCAUGUCUAGCAUGACACAGUCAUACUGUUGCUUCCUUCACAAAGUAUACUAGUGAAGCUAGAGGGAAUUCUUCACAGCUGCUUUACUACUUAGGGUUUCAGCUCUCUUGCCCUGUAUGUGUUCAUCUGACACUAUGUGGCUUCUGAACCCUGGGAGUUGUGCUGAUAUGCCUGCCUUUGUGCCAAUGGUUCAUGAUAAAUGUAAUGUUGUUGUCCCUAAUGCAGUCCUUGGUGGACUGUUGCUUUAUUCUCAAAACCCAGACAGACAGCAUACCUGUCAGUUAUCAUGUUAGAGUAGACUGUGUAGAUACAGUUCACAAAGGAAAACAUGCGCUAGAAAGAACAGCAUUUAUUAAAGCUUAGAUAAGACAAUACUACAUCAAACAUGUUUUCAUUACAGAUUUGACCUUUGACCUUGCCCUUUCAAGGUACCCCUGCCCACAAUUUAGUUUGCUGAUAGUGGAGAGUCUGGCUAUAUAGGAGCAGGGGUCAGGAUAGCUGCCUUCUCUCUUAGACGAAACCAGAAAACAGGUGGAGGCUGGGGAAGAGGAGUGCAACUCUGACACACAACAGGGAUAAAUGGAUUGAGGUAAGAUAUAAAGCCCUUUGUAGCUGAUUAUUGAACAUGUUGUUUAUCAAAUGACAAAUGCGAUACUAGACAUUUGACUAAAAUGUUUUGGUAAUGGAGGCUUGUGAUAUGAGUGAUGAUUACGAUUUUAAUCUAGCUUAAAAGUCAGUUCUCUGCCUUGGAACCACUGCUUUGAUGAAUUGUUUACAUGUUUAGUAUUUUUGGGGUCACCACAAACAUGGAUGACAUUGGAAAGUUAUCAUAUGCCCUAUACAUGACUGUAAAAUGUCUGGAUUCUUCAUAUUUUGUUUGACUUGAAAAUGUGGUUUCUUCUUUCUGGGUUGUCAGCUGUUGGUUGUUUUUGUUUGUUUUUUUCCCCAUACCUUCUACCAUGAGUAAUUUGGAAAUCAGCAAACUUUACAUGAUGCUUUAUAUCGGGACUAGUCCCAGAAUGUUUCCAAGACUGUGCUUUUUCUCCACAUCCCUUCAGUACUUGUUUAUACCUAUUUGUGGGAAUGUGUGCCUCCACCUGUGCUCUUAGUAGCAUCUACUGCAGAGGGCAUUGUUUGAACUCAUCUCAGUAAAAACGUUUGUUUCUAAAUGCUAUUGUGUAAUAAUGCCUGGUGUUGCCUCUUAAAUGACCAGCAGGAGGAAAGCUGCUUCAUGGGUUACUUUGGUCCUGUGGUUAUUCACACAAUCUUCAUAUAAACCAAUGAUAUUGACUCAUUUAAACCAAUGACAUUGACUCAUAUAAACCAAUGAUAUUGACUCAUAUAAACCAAUGAUAUUGACUCAUAUAAAACCAAUGAUAUUGACUCAUAUAAAACCAAUGAUAUUGACUCAUAUAAACCAAUGAUAUUGACUCAUAUAAACCCAUUAUAUUGACUCAUAUAAACCCAUGAUAUUGACUCAUAUAAACCCAUGAUAUUGACUCAUAUAAACCAAUGAUAUUGACCACAGCCAGGAUAUAGGCAGCAAACGUCAAGAAUGUGUUAGUCUAUGAUCCUGAGAGAAAAGAAUCUGGUCAUCUUGUGGAAGGAAUACAUUUCUUCCUGUAUGAAUUUUUAACAACAUUGCUUAUCCUAAAUAUUACAUGAAAAAUAAGUAUUUAACUCCCAAAGAAAAGAUGCAUACAGCUUUAUUUUAAUAAAUUGCAUCUGAUGCCUGUUUGAUGCAAUAUGGGAUAGAGAAACACACUUUUAUCACAACACUAUUUAUCAAAUGAAGAUUUGUUUUGUUUUUUUUUGUUUGGCAAAUUGUAAAUAUGAUAUAUAUAUAUAUAAUCUUUUUUGUUCCCCUGAAAUGUAAUUCAUUAUUAUUUAACUUUGAGAAUCGGUUCAGUUAUUUUAAGGGACUCUAUAUACUGGUUUGAAAUGAUUUCAAGUUGAGCUGUAGCGUGCGUUGCACAUAUAGAACGGUGCUAUUUUACUCUGAUUUAUCCUCUUAUGAAAAUGCUAAACUGCAAUCUAAUCUGUAAUAAAGUUUGGUACAGGUUAAUUUUACAUAAAAGACUUGUUGUUUUCCAUCAAUAUUCAUAUCAUUCAAAAAUCUUUGUUACAGGUUUACUUCACAGGGCAGGUAAAAAAUGUCAAUAAAAAAAGGAAAGCUAAUCUCGGAUUGGCUGAGAGAAAUGUUAUUCCACAAAUAGGGGUGGGUGUGGGGGUUGAUUAUAGCCAUUCUAACCAGUGCAAUAAUCAUAGAAUCCCAUGAACAUUGUUGGAGUAUUCGGUUUGUAAUAAACACAGUGUAUGGAAACG